GAUAUAGAAGGAAAGGUUAUUUCACGUUGCAAGGAUACAUGUUGAGUAUCACCCUUGAGUGAAGGUGACUGGGGGUGCGAGGGUCACGGCGCCAGGCAGCCAGCUGAGCCAGCAACACAUUACAGCAAGCUUGUCUGCUGAAGGGCUGCAUCACACCUGCACUCCGGGCCGCACACAGUGUUAUCUUGGUGAUAAGCAAUGGCGUUGAAUAAGCUUAGCAUUGACAAGGUGGAUCUCUCUAAUAAGAGAGUUCUGGUGAGAGUGGACUUUAAUGUGCCACUGAAAGAUGGUAAGAUCACCAACAACCAACGAAUUGUUGCUGCUCUGGAUUCUGUGAAAUAUGCACUCGACCACAACGCCAAGAGUGUUGUGCUGUGCUCUCAUCUGGGACGUCCUGAUGGCAACAAGAAUAUGAAGUUUACCUUGGCCCCUGUUGCUGAGGAGCUGAGGACUUUAUUAAAGAGAGAAGUAACAUUCCUUCCUGACUGUGUUGGGCCUGAAGUGGAAGCAGCCUGUGCUGAUCCAGCUUCAGGUUCUGUCAUCCUCCUGGAGAAUUUGAGGUUUCAUGUAGAAGAGGAAGGCAAAGGGAUUGAUACUACUGGAGCUAAGGUAAAAGCUGAUCCUGCCAAGGUUAAAGAAUUCCGUGCUUCCCUUCGAAAACUUGGAGAUGUGUACAUUAAUGAUGCUUUUGGCACUGCCCAUCGUGCCCACUCCUCCAUGGUUGGACAAGGAUUUGACCAGCGUGCUAGUGGUUUCCUCCUCAAGAAGGAACUCACAUACUUUGCAAAGGCUUUGGAUAAUCCAGAAAGGCCUUUCCUUGCUAUCCUUGGAGGAGCCAAAGUGAAGGACAAGAUCCAGCUCAUUGAAAACAUGUUAGACAAGGUGGAUGAGAUGAUGAUUGUUGGUGGUAUGGCAUUCACCUUCCUCAAGAUCACCAAAAACAUGGAGAUUGGUACAUCUUUGUUUGAUGAAGAAGGUGCCAAGAUUGUGAACAAGCUGAUGGAAAAGGCCCAACAGAAGAAUGUCAAGAUGCAUUUUCCAGUUGAUUUUGUCACUGCUGAUAAGUUUGAUGAAAAUGCUAAUACUGGCAGUGCUACUGCUGAAGGAGGUAUCCCUGCCUCUUGGAUGGGACUGGAUUGUGGGCCUGAGUCUGUUAAAAUCUUCAAAGAACCAAUCUCCAGGGCAAAGAUUAUUGUUUGGAAUGGACCUUGUGGUGUAUUUGAGUUUGAGAAGUUUGCCAGUGGAACCAAGAGUGUUAUGGAUAUGGUGGUUGCAGCAACUAGUUCUGGCUGCACUACCAUAAUUGGUGGUGGUGACACUGCCACAUGUUGUGCUAAGUGGAACACUGAAGACAAGGUGUCUCAUGUUUCAACAGGUGGAGGUGCUUCUCUUGAGCUCCUGGAAGGGAAAACUCUACCUGGAGUGGCUGCUCUAUCUGACGCCUAAAUUCUUCACAGCUUCCACCUAAAGAUGACUGCAGCAGUCCACUUCCUGUAUUAGAUGAUGGUUAUGUAGAGCUAUAUUUACAUGCACCUAGAUUAUUGAUGUUAUAGCUAUGAGUGCAAGAGAUUGGCAAUGGAGUAUUCAACAUGGGUGAAGUUACUGAUGACUAAGUAGUCAUCAAGACACUGAUAGUAUUUAAGUCCCUAAUUACCAGCACCAGCUUGUAUUCAUAUCAGCAGCAUCACUUUUUGUCCAAUUCAGAAUGAUAAAAAUGCAGAAAAGAGUGGGCUCUGUCCAUGAAUUUUAGCAGAAAGGUUGUGGUCAUUUUCAACACUUGGGCUGUUUCUGGUAACUAUAUAAUUUUUUUCUUGAUGCUUUGACAGAGCUUGCCAUGUUAUAUUUAUGCUAUUUUGUUAUAGUCUGUAUAUUUAACUUUUUUCCUGAAUUUAAUCAGAACAGAUAGAAUUAUAAAAAUAUUUUUAUUUUUGAAGAUAGUUACCAUGCCAAACAUCUUAUCAAGAACAACCUGAAGAUUUGCAACUGUUUCAUAUAUCAUCUUUCACUGGUGCUUCAAAGAUACAAAUGAUAAGUGGUGUUUAAUUGUUGAUGUCUUUAGUGAAUAAAAAGCCUUGCAAAUUGAAACGUAUUUGUGGACUCGGUAAUAAAUCUUCAAUAAAGACUUGGUAAGAGUGACAGUUGACUCAUGACUUGUAUCAGUGGACUAAAAGGACAGGAUGUAUUUUUCCAUUAUUGUCAACUGUCUAGUGUUGCCAGUGGGAGUCCAAUAAUAAUAAAAAAUACAUAUAUAAGAAA